UUUCACUGCAUUGUUGACCUUAAAGUCAUGUUUUCCUGCGCUACACCUGCCAUCUCCGCAUCUUGGGGUUCGUCACCAGCAGUUCCUGACACCUGCAGUACAGCAUGAUGGCUAAUAGCGGCCUCACGAUACGGAUUCGGGAGUGGAGUACAGUGGCAGGCGGACAAAGCGGGACGACCUCGAACCCUCCGGCCUUGGCCUCGCCAAGAUAUGGGCAUCCUUAUUGGGAUUUAUCUCCCAGCAGAUGGAAAAGGCUAUCAUGGUGCAGAUUGCGUCCCCGCAAACUGAAUGGACUUUUAUCACCUGUGACGGGACGCCCUGGAAGCUGCCCGUUAAUCGUGUCCGGGCGGGGGUUGCGAGCGGAGGAGAGACGAGCAAAGGAGGCACAGGCGAUAAACGGGGAUGGCCUCCAGCCGAGGCAGAUAACACAAAGCCGCCUCCUGACUCCUGAGGCAACCAAGAUGGCGGCCAAGCUUUACUAUGGAACAAAGAAGUCAAGCGAACACGGUUGGAUUGGACGACACAUACGAAGUACAGUGUAUUAUGCAGCGAACAUUUCGAAAGAUCAUGUUUCGAAGAGGGUCCCUUGCGAAUGGCAGAAAUGGGAAUCAGCACUCGUCGACUCGUGCUGAAGAAAGGUGCGAAGCCAACUAUUUUCGAUAGACCACGGACAAGUCCGGAGCACCCGACCCCCUCCACAAGCGGACAGACUGGGCACAUGAGGUCUGCAUUUGCCAAAAGGGAAAGGAAGAGGACAAUAGAUCAGAUCAUGGACAGUACGACUACGGCAUCAGUGGCGGAUGCGGUGGAUGAACCAAUGGCAAUGGCACUAGAUUUGCCUGAUGAGGAGGGCGAUCAAGAUCAGGGAAAUACAAGAGAACAAGGAUGCCAGACGGACUGGGUACCGAUUGGGACAGCACCAACAGCAAUGACCAGUAGCAAGAGCACCCAAACAGGGAAAAUACAUCAUAGAUCAAAGGGACACCAGGUGACCCCAGAUAUCCUCGAGAGGGUUAGAGCUCGGCCGGCCAGGGUUAGUGAAGUCCCAUUGUCAAGUGUAGCAGCUCCAUCUGACAGCCCCGAGAUGCAGACUAACAUAGCAGCUCCAGGUGUGUCUGGAAUGCAAGCCAAGCUACGACCACCUCCUGCAUUGUUUGAUGAAGGACCAGCAUCAAGUCCCACUGCGCCUUUUGUUGGUGGUUCUUCCGAUGACAGCUAUGUGCCGAGUGAGUCAACGACAUCGGAUCCGUGUCAAUCUGACGGGUCGCCAGAUCGCCCAUGUACUCACCAGAUGCAUGAAGAGGGCUGCCACAAGGAACCGAAGUACAUCAUCUUUGAGUCGUGCCUCCAGAGUCUCGUCAAGUGGUGUCACUGUCCAGUCUGUGGCAGCCAGGACAUAAGCCCUUCUUGGGAUUCGAACGGUACACAGCUGACCAUGACUCUUCAAUGUGCAUCAUGUGACCAGAGGAGUAGUUGGAGCAGCCAGCCAAACAUUGGCCCUUAUGCCGCGGGCAACAUCCUGCUGUCUGCUGGCAUCCUCUUCGCUGGGGCAUCUUCUGGCAAGGUGUUGCAAGUGCUGAACAGCAUCGGAGUGGUCACGUAUGUGAAGAGGACAUUUUUCAACCACCAGGAGCUCAUCCUGCAGCCAGCCAUCAAAAAGGUGUGGGAGGAACAGCAACGGACGCACCUCACCAUGCUGCAGGUGGAAGGCCGACCCCUCGUCCUUGGUGGUGAUGGGCGAGCAGACAGUCCGGGACACAGCGCCAAGUUCGGUACCUACACCACAAUGGAGCUUGUGGCCAAUGUGGUUCUCGACCUUCAGGUUGUACAGAGCAACGAAUGUCUUGGCAGCUACCAUAUGGAGAUGGAAGGACUGAAGAGGAUGGUGGAACUGCUGAUCAGCUGGGACCUGGAUGUCGGGGUGCUGGUGACAGACAGACACAGACAGAUCGCUAAAUGGAUUCGUGAAAACAUGCCCAAUACACGGCACUGCUAUGACAUCUGGCAUGUUGCAAAAUCCAUCGGAAAGAAACUGAAGGCCAUCGCCAAGCAUAAGGACUGUGAAGACCUGAAGCCCUGGGUGCAAAGUAUAAUCAACCACCUCUACUGGGCAGCAGUGUCUACACCGCCUGGAGAGGGGGAACUUCUGGUUGCCAAGUGGAAGUCUGUGGAGCGACACAUUCAGAACAUCCACAAGGACCAUGGCGACCUCUUCCCAAUUUGUACUCAUGGACAACUGCAACGGCAAAAGAAAUGGCUCAAACAAAGUUCACGCUCAGCAGUGAAACUGGAGGAGGUGGUCAACAACAAGUCCCUGCUAAAAGAUAUCGCCAUGCUGUCGGGUGAACACCAGACUUCCAAGGUGGAGGCGUUCCAUAGCCUUAUCAUACAGUUCGCACCGAAAAUGUAUGUCUUCUCAUACAUCGGAAUGCUGUGCAGGAACCUGCUUGCUGGGCUGCACUGGAACGAAAAUUCGAGCCGCCCUAUAGCCACUACACAAGCGGGUGCUGAGCGCUAUGCAGUACGCUACCCGAAGUAUAAAGCAGGGGGCCAUGUGGUCAAGAAAAUCGCGACAGAGCCAACAUACCGCUACGUAGAUGACUUGAUCAGGGAGGUUGUUGCUGGCUGCAGACAGACCCCUGACGAGAGAACACCACUCAGCGUCACUGUGGAUGUGCCUCCCUUCCUCUGCGAUGAACUGGAGAAGCCAGACAAGGAGGAAGCCAUCGCCAAGCACAGGAGUCGCUUCGGUAAGUGUGAAAUGCCCUCCCGGUAACAGUUAGAGAUGCUACCUCAGUAGAAGCAUUUAAGUCCCAUCUUAAAACUCAUUUGUAUACUCUAGCCUUUAAAUAGACCCCCUUUUUAGACCAGUUGAUCUGCCGUUUCUUUUCUUUUCUCCUCUGCCCCCCCCCCACGUGGAGGGGUUAUUCCGGUGACCAUGGAUAAAGUGCUGGCUGUCCAGAGUUGGGACCCGGGGUAUACCGCUCGCCUGUGCAUCGGUUGGGGACAUCUGCGCUGCUGACCCGUCUCCGCUCGGGGUGGCCUCCUGCUGGCUCCACUGGACCCUCACUAAUAUGUUAGACCCACUCGACAUCCAUUGCUUUCGGUCUCCCCUAGAGGGGGGGGGUUACCCACAUAUGCGGUCCUCUCCAAGGUUUCUCAUAGUCAUUCACAUCGACGUCCUACUGGGGUGAGUUUUCCUUGCCCGUGUGUGGGCUCUGUACCGAGGAUGUCGUUGUGGCUUGUACAGCCCUUUGAGACAUUUGUGAUUUAGUGCUAUAUAAAUAAACAUUGAUUGAUUGACUGAU